UGACGAAGACUUUGAGACAAUGCGUCGGAUGCUACUAACUCUUUUUGGGGCUCUUGGCUGCACAAUUGCACUUCUUGGAACCGCUGACGCCACAAAACCCAUAAAUAUGGAUCAGUACAAGUUCCACAUGUCGAAAGUGCUGGGCCUAUACACAAACGGCCUCAAUGUUCAUAAGUUAGGGAAUCUGAUGGUUUCCGUCGCGUACUCGUUCUCACCGGCUGAGGAUAGGCCCCUCAUCGAAGAGUGCCUGGGAAAGCACGACAACGAAACCGCAAUGGAGUUGAUCACGUGCUACAUGGAGAAGAUGAAAGUGUUGGAUGCCAGCAAGAAAUGCGAAGUGAAAAAGCUGAAGGAACUCCUCCAUAAGAAAAUGGCAGCAGCACCGCCAGUGGCCACGGCCGUCUUGCAAAAGUACGCAGAAUGCGUGUGUCAACCUUCCGGAGCGGAAAGCAUGAUAUGUGUCCAACAGAAGACCAUGGACUACGCCAAAACAUUCUGCAGUGCUAUAGUGGGCGAUGACUGA